CCGGCCCCCACUCCCCCACUACCCUUCACCACCACUCCCACACUUCUCUCUCUCUCUCUCUCUCUUAUUUCAUAUAAGAGAAAUCCAAACCCCUAAGCCUAACAAAUCUGAAAGAGAAUUUGCAGACUUCCCUUCAACUAACACCCAUACAAACACCCCAAUUCCCUUCCUCGCUUUCUUUUUUCUUUUUUUGGUUUCUUGAAAACACUCAGGAAAAUAACAAUGCCCGGAAGUUUAGAGUCUUUAGAUUUAAGUGUACAGAUACCUUACCAUUUCAGAUGUCCAAUCUCCCUCGAACUCAUGCGUGACCCUGUCACCGUUAGCACCGGUCAAACCUACGACCGUGCCAGCAUCGAAUCAUGGGUUGCUACCGGUAACAGUACAUGUCCAGUCACUCGUCUUCCUCUUACCGAUUUCACGCUCAUCCCCAACCAUACUCUUCGCCGCCUAAUCCAAGACUGGUGCGUCGCUAAUCGUUCUUUCGGUAUCGAACGCAUUCCUACGCCUAAACAGCCAGCUGAACCUAGCCUCGUUCGGUCUCUACUGAACCAAGUUACGUCUGUUACGAAUACAGCUCAUUCACGCCUUUCAGCUAUUCGUCGGCUCAAAUCUCUCGCUCGUGACACGGACAAAAAUCGGUCUCUCAUCUCUUCACAUAAUGCUACGAAUCUUCUCGUCAAUCUUCUGUUCUCCAACACUUCAUCGGAUUUAACUCACGAAGCAAUGUCCCUCGUCGUUAUGUUUCCACUCACGGAGUCAGAAUGCAUAUCUAUAGCGUCAAACACCGAGAGAAUCAUUUUUUUGGCGAAUCUCUUGUUCCACUCGUCAAUCGAAAUCCGAGUUAACUCAGCUGCACUUAUCGAAACAGUUAUCGCCGGAACAAAAUCUUCAGAUCUUCGUGCUCAAUUCAGUAACGUCGAUGAAAUUGUCGAAGGAGUCAUAGAGUUGUUAAAAAGGCCAAUCUCCAACUAUCCUCGCGCGCUUAAAAUCGGAAUCAAAGCGCUAUUCGCGUUAUGUCUAGUUAAGCAGACACGGCACAAAGCUGUGUCCGCCGGAGCGGUGGAGACGUUAAUUGAUAGAUUAGCGGACUUCGACAAAUGUGACGCGGAGAGAGCAUUAGCAACGAUAGAGCUUUUGUGCAGAGUUCCGGAAGGAGUAGCGGAAUUCGCGGAGCAUGCUCUGACAGUGCCGUUACUGGUGAAGACGAUACUGAAGAUAUCGGACAGAGCGACGGAGUACGCGGCGGGAGCAUUACUGGCGUUAUGUACGGCGUCGGAGAAGAGUCAGAGAGAGGCGGUGAGUGCAGGGAUAUUGACGCAGCUGUUGUUACUCGUGCAAAGUGAUUGUACGGAUAGAGCAAAGAGGAAAGCGCAGAUGUUGUUGAAAUUGCUUAGGGAUUCAUGGCUGGAUCAUGAUUCUUCUGCUAAUUCUGAUGAUUUUGUUUGUAGUGAAGUCGAAGUUGUUCCUUUUUGAUCAUUUUUUUUUUCUCUUUUACUUUUUUACUCUGAAAAUUCUCUACUUAGAAAACAAAAACCCCCAGAAUUCUAGAUUGGUAUAUAGAGAGAGAGAUUGUUAUUCUGUAAUCUGUAUGUAAUUUUGUAUCUAAGAAUUUUGUUUCCAGAAAAAAAGAAAAGACGUUGAAAAGCAAUUGCAAAAUUUA